AUGUUUUCACCACGGCUGUGUUAUUUCAAACUUCAUUCUUUAAUUAAUUUUCAUCGUGCUUUUCUUUCAUUAACACCUUCACUUCAUGCAGCUAAAUCAUCGACACCAGCAGCACCCGCUGAUCCAGCUACUCCAACAGCUCAAUCGGCUCAAUUAGCACAUAAUAAAACGAAAACUUCAUUACGAGGUACACCAUAUACUGUUACUGAUAUUGAAACAUCUCUUCGUUAUAUGGAAAGUGAUGCUUAUAAAACUGUUUAUGGCAAUGUACCAGUAUGGAAAAAUUAUGUUCGAAAUCGUACUAAUCAACGUUUUCCACAUUAUACACGUGAUUUUUGUGCUGAAGAAGGUCUUUAUACAAGUGGAAAUCCAUGUCCAAUAUGUCGUGAUGAAUAUCUUUUACUAGAUUAUCGUAAUGUAAAACUUCUAAAACAAUUUGUGAAUGAUCAUACAGGUGAAGUUGAACCUGUUUUAAAAACAGCUAUAUGUCAAGCACAAUUACGAAAUCUUCGAGUUGCAUUACGUAAAUCUUAUGAUUUCGGUUUAUUAACAUAUGAAGUACCAUUUCGAACAUAUGAUUAUCGUGAUUAUUAUCCUGAAUUACGUGAUGAAAAAGAUCGUACACAAUCACUUCUAAUGACAAUACUUCAAACAAUUCAAGAUCAAAAAUUAACAAGUCUAGAACAAUUAACAUUAACUGAUGAACAGCUUCAUGCUACUUAG